GAGAGCCAGCGCAGCCCUGCAGUGUCUGAGGGACGUUAUCUCCUCAGUGCGGCUGUUUGUGGAGCUCUCUGCGGCCUCAGCAGUCACGAACGACCGGCCUCUGUGCGUCACUCCCUGGAAACAUUUCCCUUCAUUCAUCCUGCUGACUGGAACUGAGGCUCGUGCGCUCUGCGGCUGCUGGCAUCAUCCAUGUACUGUCAAUGUGGAGUGGCUUCUUUACUGUGCAUCAUCUGACUGGAGAACACGUCUGCCUGGCACCAUGAGCAGCACUGUGUUUCAGCAGCAGGCUGUCCACAGCCCUCUGGAGCAGCAGAAGCAGAAGCAAGGAGGAGGAGGAGGAGGAGGACCUAUCCCCUGUCAGAACUGUGGGAAGCCAUGUAAAGGGGAGGCGCUGCGGGUCCAGAACAAACACUUCCACAUCAAAUGCUUUGCCUGUAAAGUAUGUGGUUCUGAACUGGCCCAGGGAGGCUUCUUUGUGCGGCAGGGUGAAUACAUCUGUACUCUGGACUACCAGCGACUGUACGGGACCCGCUGCUUCAGCUGCCAGGACUUCAUCGAGGGGGAGGUGGUGUCUGCUCUGGGGAAGACCUACCACCCCCGUUGCUUUGUCUGUGCCUCCUGCAAACAGCCGUUCCCCGCUGGUGACCGGGUGACAUUUAAUGGGAAGGAGUGUAUCUGCCAAAAGUGUACCGAGCCUCUCCCUGCCAACAGCCCCGCACCCAUACAGGCUGUCCAUAACUGCUGCGGCUGUGGGAAGGAGUUCAAGAAUGAACAGUCUCUGGUAGCGUUGGACAAGCACUGGCACCUGGGCUGCUUCAAAUGUAAAGUCUGCAACAAGGUGCUCAACGCUGAGUACAUCAGCAAGGAUGGAAUCCCCUACUGUGAGAUGGACUACCACGCCAUGUUUGGCAUCCAGUGUGAGAGCUGCAAGAAGUACAUCACUGGCAAAGUCCUGGAGGCUGGAGAGAAGCACUACCACCCCACAUGUGCCCGCUGUGCCCGCUGUGAGCAGAUGUUUGCAGAGGGAGAAGAAAUGUACCUGCAAGGAUCUUCUAUCUGGCAUCCUCCAUGCAGACAAGCAGCCAAGCAGGAGGAGAAGAGCAAGAAGCAGGUGCGGAUACAGCUCAAUGAUGGCUCAGAGCAACAGGUGACCCGGACUUCAUCUGAGAGCAUCACCUCAAUGCCAGCAUCCAGCGCCUCAGGCUCUCCCAGCAGAGUCAUCUAUGCCAAACUAGGAGAGGAGAUGCUAGACUACAAGGACCUGGCAGCCCUUCCAAAGACCAAGGCCAUCUAUAACAUCGACAGGCCUGACAUGCUGUCCUACUCUCCAUACGUCAGCUACCCGUCUGAGGAGAGGCACUAUGGAGAGUCCCCCCAGCUUCUUUCUCCUACUCCUACUGAGGGUGAUGGGGAGAAGUCACCCCGUCAGCGGAGGCCCUCCAGCCCCAGCUCGAACAGCUCCCUGGGUGGCUAUGGACGUUACACCCCAUGCCGAUCCCCCCAGAACUACAGCCGACCAGAAUAUGACCCGUUCACUGAGGUCAUCAGGAUUCGCACUUCAGGGCCAGAGGUAUACCUUGGCAGUAGACCCAGCAGCCAGGCCCGUGACUCCAGUUCCAACUCUUUACCUCCAACCCUCAUGGGGUCCAAUAAGCACCCCUCAAUCUGGGCCAGGGACUUAUCGUCCCUCCCUGUGUACUAUUCUGCUGGAGCUGAAGGGGGCAGUGGUGGUGGUGGCAAGUGCUCACCCACACCAGUAGGUGGCAGUGCAGGCUUGUCUUAUCAACUUAACCCCACCACCCUGGCCAUGUUGCAACAGCACAACUACAUCCCGUACUUCAGAGGGUUCAAACAGGACCCCCUACCUGACCUUAAACCUAGGACAUCCCUGCAUCUCAGUUUACCUCCUCCUAACGGUAGUGAAAGUGGUCGGAGUACCCCCAGCUUAUCCACCUAUUCUGAUGGCAAAUCCCCUUCCUCUACUUCUACAUACGUGGCUGCUCCCCGCCAUUUCCACGUACCAGAGACUCUGGUCAAAGAUAAUAUCUAUAGAAAACCCCCCAUCUACAAACAGCAUGCUUCUAGAACUUCCUGGCAGGAUGGGGAGGAUAGCAAGAGGACCAGUUGGAUGAUCUUAAAGAGUGAGAUUGACGGACAGAUGGGUCCAGAAGACCUGGACCCCCGUAAAUCCACCUGCAGUCUGCCUACUGACACCUCCCAGCCUAAUUUCCCCUACAAUAAGUCUGCAUCCUUACCCGGCUAUGGAAGGAAUGGCAUAUACAAGGCUCCUGAGAUGGUGGAGGAUGAAGUGGACCCAGACUCCCAGAGCUGGGGAGGGAUGAGAGAAUACAAGAUCUACCCUUAUGAACUUCUGGCAGUGACACAUAGAGUGAAAGUGAAGCUUCCCAGAGAAGUGGAUCGCACCAGACUGGAGAGACACCUAUCUCCUGAGGAUUUCCAGCAGGUUUUCGGCAUGACCCUGGAGCAGUUUGACCGUCUGGCUCUCUGGAAGAAGAACGACUUGAAGAAGAAGGCACGCCUAUUUUAGACCGAAAAAAAAAGCAUCUCAACAAGCAUCCGUCCUGUCUGGGAGGAAGCAGAUAAAAAAAACCAACCCAUUUGACAUAUCUAUAUAUGCAGCACCAUGAUAACCCUACUUUCCACCUGUAAAACGCCAUGCCAUCUGCCUGUGAUGCCACGGAGAGGCACUCCGUUUGGGAACAUUUUCACACUGUUGACUGACAACCUUUACAGAAGAGGACGAGGAGUUGCGUUUGCAUGGCCUGUAUUGAUACUCCUUGCCUUCCGUGUGGUUUCUGCAUCCUCCCCCACCCAUUCCAAUGCUUUCAUACACCCUGCACUGUAAAAUCUGACAGCUUGAUUUUACUUUUAAAUCUAUGAAACUGAUUGCUGCAAAAAAAUGCAACUAAC